AUCGAUCGUAUUAGUACAUCUUGAAUACUUCAGAGUGUCACAAUGGCCGGGUACAGUAAUUUUCUGUUGCUGUUCUCCUAUUGCAUAAUAAGUUUGUCGAGUUUGAACCAUGCUCAUCGAUCUGGGAGACACGCUUCCUCAACAGGUCGCGUAGUAGGUGGCUCGGAAACCGACAUAUCGAAAAUACCUUUCCAGAUAUCAUUCCUUUCGAGGGAAAAGCCUUGCGGAGGAUCGCUCAUCGGCGAUCGGUGGGUCCUAACUGCGGCCCAUUGCACCCACACGAUAGAUGUAAAAUCGUUACAAAUUCGUGUUGGUUCCUCUCACUUCGCUAGUGGCGGCCAGUUGAUCCAAGUGAAACGUGUCCUGCAGCACCCACAGUAUAAUAAUGAUAUUAUUGAUUAUGACUUUUCUUUGCUGGAGUUGACGGAAGCGGUAGUUUUAAAUAAAACAUUCUUCGCUGUUGAUCUUCCCAAGCAAGAUGAACCGAUUAUCGACGGGACACUUCUGCAGAUUUCCGGCUGGGGCCAAACUCGCAACCCACUGGAAUGUAACGAUGUGCUGCGGGUUGCCCAAGUGCCGGUAGUGAAUCAGGAACAAUGUAAGAUGGCUUAUUCUCCGAAUCCGUUUGACGUGGUCACCGAAAGGAUGCUUUGUGCAGGAUAUUUAAUCGACGGUGGCACCGACACUUGCCAAGGCGAUUCCGGUGGUCCACUGGUUGCGGGUAGAAAAUUGAUCGGUGUUACAUCUUGGGGUGGUGAAUGCGCUCAACCAGGUUUUCCGGGCGUGUAUUCUCGAGUUGCCGCAGUACGCAACUGGAUUCAUAAAAGCUGUGGUAUCUAAGCUAAGCAUACGUGUACUGGCCCCCGCAAUGCAUUUCUGAUGAAACAAUAAAAACGCUUCUUGCUAAUAAAA